AUGGCGAACAUCGAUAGAGGGAUAUGUAUGCUUGCUAUAAUCAUAGCCCUUUUCGCCGUGAUGUCCAUGGCACAGACAACUGGAGGAAACACCACAACUUCAGCUCAACCUGAACAAUCAACGCAAGUGCCAGCGGGGGAAGAUUCUUCGGACGGGGAUGCAUUUGCAGAAGGAUACACAAGGGCAGCCGAUUAUCCAAUGGAUGUCACAAGCUGUUUAAUGGGAAUUCUCUUUUUAUCUACUGGACUAAUUAGUUUAUUAGGAGGAUACAAAUACAAAUGGAUGACGCUAUUUUUGGGUGGCUUCUACACGGCAGGUCUGGUGAUAGUCCUCUUUAUAAUUAAAUUCCAAAAUGUCACCGAUCCAACAACUUCCGUUCGCUUUGUUUAUUUAAUCAUAUGUGUGGUUACUGGCUUGGUGACUGGCGGUUUCUUUGUGUGCAUGUUUCCAACUGGAAGACUUCUUGUCGGUUUUGUCGGCGGACUGUCUCUUUCCAUGAUAAUACUUGCAACUGACACUGAUCUUUUAAUUCAUACCAAACUCUGGAGAUAUGUACUCAUUGGCAGUCUCGCCUCACUAUUUGUCUUGCCGUCUGCAUUUAAAAAAACGUACCCAUUUAUGUCCAUAAUUUCUACUAUAUGUUCGGGAUGUUACUUAAUUAUGCUUGGCGUAGAUGUAUUCGUACGUGGUGGACUGUUGGCUGGUUUCAAGUAUUCUUGGGGAUUUACUGAGCCUGGUGACUAUAGAUAUGUCGUAGAGAGAAAUACAUUUUUAAUACUAGUUAUUGUUGGAGUUGCAGGAGGAGUAGUUGGAUUAGCCUUUCAAAUGGUUUGGUAUUGGAUCGCACAAAAUGAUUGGAAGGAUAUUGACUUUAGCUUUAUCAAGAGAUACUGUCGUCUUGGAAAGUUAAGAGGAGAGGGGACAAAGAAAAGCGACAUACCAGAUCAGGUACCAAUGGUUAACUUUGGUCUGAAAUUAGAAGGAAGAGCGGCUACUAGAUGGGGUGAAGGAACUAGAUGGGAUAAUGUAUAA